ACGUACGACGGACCAAUUCUCAUCAAGUUCCCAUUUAUCACCAUUUCAUAUAUAUCAAUAUAUCUUUUUCAUGCAUAUGUAACACUCCUAAUUUCUUUCUUACAAGCAAAUACAGCUUCAUUCUAUUAUACUAAAUCUCCUUAAUUAACUCUCUUCCAUUCAAACUAAUUAAACAUGGAAAAACUAUUAACAUUUAUUUUCUUUACCAUACUAUAUUGUCUUUUCUUUCUCCCUACAUCAAUUAUUUCCCAAACUCAAAACAUUUCUUCCUUGUGUAAUGGCAUAUUUUUACAGUACACGUACACCCGGGGCGAGCAACUCCCCCCGAACAUCACGGCCUCGGACCCAACAGACCAACCAUAUAAGUUCCAAUCAACGCUUUAUAUCCAAAACAAUGGCUUACAAGAGUUGAAGUCAUGGAAAGCUUUUGUAGGGUUUCGACACGGUGAACUUUUAGUGUCUGCCUCUAAUGCUGUGCUUCUUGAUGGCUCACCUUUACCUGCUAAUGUUUCGAAUGACACCGUUUUUACUGGCUACCCUACGACGGACUUAAAGACCGCGGUAGAGACUGCCGGGGAUUUAGCUCAGAUGAGUGUUCGAAUUGAGUUGGUUGGUACUGAGUUUGGUGUUUCACCGGAAGAUUUUCCUAUGCCUUCAAAUAUUAGCCUUGCUAAUGAUGGUUUUAUAUGUGCUAGUCCUACUAUGCAAGGGAACACUAGUAUGUCUACAUGUUGCAUACGAGAUCCUAAUGCUAAAUCAACCAUAAAUGCAACAGAGCAAUUCCUACCUCGACAAAGUGGAGAUUUGAGCAUAAUGUACGAUGUUAUAUCAGCAUAUGAAUCGAACUAUUGGGCGCAGGUGACUAUUUCAAACCAAAAUCAAACAGGGCGCCUAGACAAUUGGCAAUUAAGUUGGGAAUGGAUGAGAAAAGAGUUCAUUUAUUCUAUGAGAGGCGCUACACCUUACAAAAUAGACUCCUCAAAAUGCAUCUUUGGUGACCAAGCUAAAUUCUACCAAAGUCUUGACCUUUCGAGGGCCUUAAGUUGUGAGCAUAAGCAAACGAUCAUAGAUCUACCGCCGACUUUGGCAAAUGAUCAAACCCUAGGAUCAAUCCCUUAUUGUUGUCGAAAUGGUACAAUUUUGCCUUCAACCAUGGAUCCAAGCAUGUCUAUUUCCGCCUUUCAAAUGCAAGUGUACAAGAUGCCACCUGACCUUAACGUGACCAUUUUUAACCCGCCACAAAAUUGGAAGAUCAACGGAACAUUUAAUCAAGACUAUCAAUGUGGGAAUCCAAUUCGAGUGAGCCCUAGCCUCCUACCUAGCCCUAAUGGCCUCCCGGUACAAGUGGAAGCAAUUGCUAGUUGGCAAGUGGUGUGCAAUAAGACACGAAGUAGCACAAGACCCCCAAAGUGUUGUGUGUCAUUCUCCUCUUUUUUCUAUGAUUCCGUUAUCCCUUGCAAAACAUGUGCAUGUGGUUGCCCUAAUCCGAGACAAGAACAAGCUUGCAAUGACACCGCGGAUGCAAUUGCCUUACCAUCUUACGCCCUUUUGAUUCCAUUUGAAAAUCGAACUAAAAUAACCACCGAGUAUGCAAGACUAAACCAUAUACCCAUAUCCAACAAUUUAUUACCUUGUGGUGAUAAUUGUGGAGUCACCAUUAAUUGGCAUUUGUCAUCGGAUUAUCGAAAAGGGUGGACUUCUAGGGUUACACUUUUCAAUUGGGGUGAUACCAAUUUCUCCGAUUGGUUUGUGGCCGCGGAGCUUGACAAGGCCGGAGGUGGGCUAGAAAGGGUUUAUUCCUUUAAUGGAAGUUCUUUGCCGGGAGAUAGUAGCACAAUUUUCAUGCAUGGUUUUCCAAGUGGAAAUGAUUAUCUUCUAGGGCAAGUAAAUGGAUCCAAUCCAAACAAAGAUCCUAAGCGUCCGGGUACUUUGCAAUCAGUGAUUUUGUUUGAUAAGAAGAAAACACCGGGGAUUAAUGUGGCUCGCGGUGAUGGUUUUCCGACUAAAGUCAUCUUCAAUGGUGAGGAGUGUUCUCUUCCUACAAUAUUACCAAUUAACUCGGCUUCCAUGGUUAGUUCUACUAAUGGCAUGUAUAGCAUGCUUAUAACCUUGGUUCUAAUGUUUAUGUUACAUUAAUGGUGAGAUUUUAUUUCUACAAAUGAGACUUAAGUUUAUUUUAAGAAUAAUUUAUUUUAAUUUAAUCAUGAUUAUCAUGUACUGUGUAUGAUGGGAGAAUGAAUGGAAGUCAUAAUAUAAUGUUGAGGGCAACAUUCAUGUAUAUGACUGAAAAAUCGAUUGAUUUGGAUGUAUCAUAUUAAUAUUAAUAUGUUAUAAUUUGAA